CCAGCCAGUAGAAGGGAGGUCAGCGCUCGCUCCGUGUUGAUUGCUGCUCAAGCGCUCCGCGCACGCGCACCUCGGCCACAGCGCCAACGCCGCGCCGUGACAAACUAUUUUCCCGACAAAAAUGUUGGCUUUUAUUUCGUAUUGAUAUUGCGUUAACGACAUUACGCGGACUAAUAGAUUUAUUGAUUCUAUCAUUUAGCUCCAUUUAUUUUUCGUUUGGUUAUUAAUAUAAUAAACAUACAAAAUGGUCAGUAGCAACAAAGACGCAAACGAUCCCAAGAAAGUGCCGCCAAAGAAUCGUGAAAAGAAAAGCAAUAACUAUGUACGGGCAAACUUCUUAUCUCGAGCGUGGUUCGUGUGGAUGAUGCCGACCUUCUGGAGGGGCUACAAGCGGGACCUGUACGACGCCGACUUGACCAAGCCCAAAGACAACCACCUCUCCGACAAGCUGGGCGACCGCCUAGAGAAGAAAUGGCUAGAGGAGAUUGCAUUAGCCAGCAAACAUGGACGAAAACCCUCGCUCCUGCGUGCUAUGACCAAGACCUUUUGGAUGAGUUUUGCCCCAUCCGGAGUCAUGUUCCUUAUACAGGCCCUCUUCCUAAAACCUUUCCAACCCGUGGCGCUGUCUAUGCUGCUGGCGUACUGGGAGCCGGGCUCGGACAUGACGUACGAGCAGGCCGUCUAUUGCGCCAGCUCCGUCAUCCUCAUGUCGCUGCUUAUCGCCUUCCUCAACCAUCACGGCGCCUACUCCACCCAGCAGUUCGGCAUGAAAGUGCGCAUCGCCGCUUGCUCCCUCAUUUACAGAAAGGUGAUGCGCAUGAGCUCAGGCGCGCUGGCGCAGACGACGGCCGGUCAGGUGGUGAACCUACUCUCCAACGACGUGAACCGCUUCGACUACGCAUUCAUCUACUCACACUUCAUCUGGCUGCUGCCGCUGCAGGUUGUGCUGGUCUGCUACCUCAUCUACAUCAAGAUCGGGUACGCUGCCAUCGUUGGAGUCAUCGGCAUCGUGCUGCAAACCAUACCGGUGCAAUCUUAUAUGAGCAAAUUGGCUGCUAGGUUACGAAUGAAGACGGCACACAGAACCGAUGAACGUGUCCGAAUUAUGGAUGAAAUUAUUAACGGCAUGCAGGUGAUAAAAAUGUACGCAUGGGAAAAACCAUUUGAGCAAGUGGUGGCGCUAGCCCGUCGCAACGAGAUCAAGUGCAUCACUCAGGCGUCGUACCUGCGCGGCGUGUAUCUCAGCUUCAUGGUAUUCACGGAGCGCCUCACACUCUACAUCACCCUACUCUCUUACUCGCUCUUCGGCUUCCAAGUCACGGCCGAUAUCGUGUUCCCUUUGGCGCAAUUCUACAACACCCUCCAAGGCACCCUAUCUAUUAUAAUGUCUAACGCGGUGUCGUUUUUGGCGGAAGCGCUGAUCUCAGUUCAGCGCCUCGAGGCGUUCAUGCUGUUUGAUGAACGCGAAGAUCUUCGUAGUGUGCCUGACGUAGACAUAGCCAAACUUGUACAAAGCGUGGAGAACAAGAGAAACAAUCUAAGCGAAGUGGACCUACGACCCAACACUUUCAAAAGGAUAGACGAAGAGGGAAUAUUUAAUCCAGGAUUCGUGUGCAACGAGAAGAACCUGAUGAGCGUGAUGCCGGCGGCCCCAGUGAGCCCCGACGUUGGCGUACUAAUCCAGGACGUGUCCGCCAACUGGAUCGAGGACGGGCCGGUCACGCUGCGCGGACUUAACUUCACAGUGCCCAAGGGGAAACUUUGUGCCAUCAUUGGAUCCGUCGGCUCAGGGAAGAGUUCCGUGUUGCAAUUGCUGCUGAGCGAGCUCCGAUCGACGAGCGGCCGCAUCCAUCUGUCCGGGCCGCUUUCGUACGCGAGCCAGGAGCCGUGGCUAUUUGUGGCCACUGUCCGACAGAACAUCCUCUUUGGACUGCCUUAUAAUUCCAAAAAAUAUAAAGAAGUGGUGAGAGUAUGCGCUCUACAAAAAGAUUUUCAACAAUUCCCUCAUGGAGACCAAACAUUGGUCGGUGAAAGAGGCGCUUCACUUUCUGGCGGACAGCGGGCGCGAAUUAACCUUGCAAGAGCGGUUUAUAGACAGGCGGACAUCUACCUGCUGGACGACCCGCUGUCGGCGGUGGACGCGCACGUGGGCCGGCAACUAUUCGACGAGUGCAUCUGCGGCUACCUACGCCACGCCACGCGCGUGCUAGUCACGCACCAGCUGCACUACCUCAAGGAUGCUGAUUACAUCGUUAUUAUGAGCAAUGGCGCUGUAGAAGCAAAAGGAACUUACGCGGAACUUAUAAAUUACGGAAAGGACUUCGCUAAACUUUUGAGUGCUACUCAAGAUGAUGAUGAAAAAGUUGAAGAGAAGCCGAAACCAAUAUCAAGACGAACAUCAGCCAGAUUGUCGACAGCACGCCGUCCAUCAUUGGCGGAGUCCACCGGGGGCGAAGUGCCGGCUCAGGAGAUGGAGGAGGAGGAGCGAGAGUCGGGCUCGAUGGGCUGGCACGUGUACGGCGCCUACCUGAGCGCCGGCGGCCGUGCGCCGCGCAUACUAUUCAUGGUGGUGCUGCUGAUCGUCGGACAGCUCGCGGCCACACUCUGCGACUACUGGGUCACCUUCUGGACUAAUGAAGUUACUUUAAAAAAAGAAAGACAAUCAAACAGCACUAUUAAGGAAUACGAUCGCAAUUUGGAAGCGCCGGCCAACACAACGUAUUCUCUUGCCAGCUACUUUUCUGGCAUUGAGCAACAGUCAGAUUUAGACAUCCACGCGUACAUCGGACCGCUGGACACUGCACAGUAUCUGUACGUUUACUCGGCUCUUAUUGUGUGCUGCAUCUUCUUCAUCACAGCGCGCGCUUUUAUGUUCUUCAAGGUGUGCAUGGCGGCCUCGCGCAACCUGCACAACGACAUGUUCCACUCCAUGCUGCGUGGAGUUAUGCGCUUCUUCGAUACCAACUCAUCAGGUCGCAUUUUGAACAGAUUUUCGAAAGACAUCGGUUCCUUAGAUGAACUGCUGCCUCGGUUUCUCUUGGAAUGUAUUCAGAUCUACUUGGUGAUGUUCAGUAUCCUGGCUCUCAAUGCAGCGGCGCUCGUUUGGACUCUACUGCCUACUACAAUUAUUUUGCUCCUGUUUUACAUUAUUCUUCAGAUUUAUCUGAAAUCUGCGCAGUCCAUUAAACGUCUAGAAGGAACUACGCGCAGUCCCGUGUUUUCGCAUAUGGCUGCUACAUUGAACGGCAUCAGCACUAUACGUUCAGCAGGAGCACAGGAACGGCUAAUAAAAGAAUUCGAUCGGUUCCAGGACAUUCACACUUCAACGUGGAGCAGCUACCUAGCUAGUGGAGUCACUCUUGGUUUUUGGCUAGACUUCAUUUGCGUAAUAUAUUUGGCAAUCGUUAUCAUCGCUUUCCUUGUUAUUGAUAGCAAAACCAUAUUCUCCGGCAACGUGGGUUUGGCCAUAUCGCAGACACUGAUUCUAACCGGAAUGCUGCAGUUCGGUGUGCGUCAGACGGCCGAAGUUAUUUCGCAAAUGACGAGCGUUGAGAGAAUAUUGCAAUACACGCACAUAGAACGCGAGUCGCAGUGGGAAAAAGGCGCGAAGGCAACUCCAAACGGUUGGCCGUGGCGUGGCCGUGUCGAGUUCCGCAAUGUCUUCAUGAAGUACAAUACAGAAGAUCUGCCAAUCCUUAAAAACCUCAAUGUAGUCAUAGAAAAUGGAUGGAAGGUCGGAGUUGUGGGGCGCACGGGGGCGGGCAAGUCCUCGCUCAUCAGCUCGCUGUUCCGACUCGCCAUCGUCGAGGGCGAAGUGCUUAUCGACGAUGUGGACACGGCUCAGUUGGCUUUACAGGAUUUACGAUCCAAGAUCUCCAUCAUACCUCAAGAACCAGUUCUCUUUUCUGCAACAGUAAGAUACAAUCUAGAUCCAUUCAACAGUUACGAUGAUGAGCAACUAUGGAGGGCACUCGAAGCAGUUGAUUUGAAGUCGGCUAUACACUCUUUGGACUUCAAAGUGUCAGAGGGCGGGUCGAACUUCUCGCUCGGUCAGAGACAGCUGGUGUGCCUCGCUCGGGCGAUUCUGCGCGGCAACCGCAUCUUGGUGCUCGAUGAGGCCACCGCUAAUGUUGAUCCUAAGACGGAUGAGUUUAUUCAGCGAACCAUUCGAAAGCGCUUCGCGGACUGCACCGUACUGACAGUGGCGCACCGGCUCAACACAAUCAUGGACUCCGACCGCGUCAUGGUGAUGGACGCGGGCCGCCUGGUCGAGUUCGACCACCCUUACAAACUCCUCAGCAAUCCCGAAGGCCACUUCACAAAGAUGGUCAAAGAAACCAGUGACAAAAUGUCAGAACAGCUAUUCCAGAUUGCAAAGACCACUUUCCUCGACAGUGGCGGAGUUAUAGAAUAAUAAGCGUGCCAGGCGUGAUAAGUUGUUAAGUUUUUAAUUAUUUUUUAAAGUACCAACGUAAUAUUCGAACUAAGUGAUAGAAAGGUAAGAAGUGGUAUAGAUAAAUAUAAUAGGAUCAGAUUUACCAAAAGUUAUCAUCCACUUAAUUAUCAAAUGGAAUUGAAGCGAUCAUAUGUGGUUCAAGAUAUUGUUGCCUCGCUAUAACUACGUUGCGAAGGUUGCAAAUCAGUACAUAGCGGAGCGAAAAAUCCUUCGACCUCAGCAUUGUUAAGGGAGCCCUACUACUUAGUUCACUAUUCAGGGUUCCGUACUUUAAAUCAUUUAAUACAUAUUACGUCGGUGUCUGCUAGUAUGUUAGGAGAUUCCCCGGUGAUGCCUCUGCGUAUAACGUCACAUAUGUAUUACAACUUGACGCUAGGUAUAGGUAAUUAGGCUUACGGAAUCAAACAGACCAGGAAGCCUCAAGUGUGAGCAUUUAUUGCAAAUUAACUUAUAUGGGAACACUUAGUCGGGCUAUAAGUUUUGUCACAAAUAUUUCCAAUACCUACUUAUAAACCAAGCUAUUUUACAUUAGUUUAACUCUUUCAUGCAAAGUUCAUAUUAAUAAACAUAUUAUAAUGUGCACUCGUAUAGCUGAAGUGAUUUUUUUAGUUCUCAAUGAAUUAAUUAGUAUCGGUACUUUCCGUACGUGAAUACUGCAAACUAGUAAAAAUGUAACUAAUUGACAUUAUGACGGUUAAAACAACUCUUUUAAACGAAUAAUGGGGAUAGACUCCUACCACGCUGUUAUCACAUGCAUUUCCCAUAGGAUCAGACACAAUCCCUAACGUGGUACAGUCAACAUCAAUAGUAGCGGAUGAAACAACGCGUCAAAAGUAUCUGACAUCCCGGAUAACUAUUCCAAAUUUUUACAGUCUUAGUUGUUCUAUAUUAUAGUCAUCACGUUUUGUUAAGCUAUUAUAGAAUGGUAGAUACUUAUGAAACGUUAUUUGAUCCGCUACUUUGAUGCUGACUGUACUUAGCAAGAAACCUUAGCAGUGAUUGGACACUAACGCAUAACGAAGGUAACGUUGAUAUGUUGUUAAAAUUAUAAAUAAUAAUGUUGGUAAAUUCCUAGUAAGAAUUCCACGAUUUAUUGUAAUAAUUAUUUUCUGCUACCUUUUUUUACUGAACUGUUUACAUAAUUAUAUUAUCAUGUUAUCACACAAUUUAUAUCUUUGUUUGAGGUUGCAUAAGUGGGGUUGCCGUGAUAACCUUACUUAAUUCAGUCAUCCUAAUUAAUGUAAAAAAAACGUAUUUCUAGUUAGAUAGUUACUUUUUAAAAUGCUUACGUGCUGAACGCGUUUACUAAGUCAUUUAGGAUACCUACUGAAUUAAGUAAGUUGUAAAAAGGCCUUAAAGCAGGAGCGUAAAAUAAGAACGUUGUAACAGUGCGCUCACUGAAAACGACUACCGGUGUCGGGUAAUGUAUAUCAUUUAUAUACAAAAAUACAUUCCUUUCAUCAGAGCUUAUGGACCGACUAAGGAAAUUAUAGGGGUAGGUACGUCAAGCCUGUCGUGGGCGUCAUUUACACAUUCCCGCAGGAAGCGUCUGUCAUGUUACAAUUCAGAACGUGUUGCUAAUUAGAUAGGUGUUUGUAUAAGUGUGUAUCCGUCUACCUACCUACGGAACCCUCUCAGAACGAGAAUCAACACGCGCAACAUCUGACCUACUUUAUUUAAGGUUUUUGCAUGCAUAUUGAGACCAUGAAUUAUUUAUUAUACCUACCUGUACCUAUUUCAUGACUUAGGUAGGUAUAAUUUAAAAAUAUGUUUGGUUAAGAUUGCCUUAACUUUUUAUUUUAUUUGUAUUGCCAGUAUCUAAGUAUAAAUGUAGGAACGUCACUGUGUUAUUUAUUUUAGAAUAGAAUGUAUUAUAAAUUAUCGGUUUAAGAUUUUUCUAAAAAAAUAUUCAUUUAUUUAGUUUGUUUCAACUGAAAACCGACCAUUGUGAAUGCCAUAGAGGAUUUCCUCGAACAAAUAUUAAAUAAGCUCUACCCAUC